AUGUCGAAGGCCUUCCUGAAAGCUAAAGAGAAAUACGAUGCGGUGAUCAACGACGCCGGAAGAGGAGACUGGUCCUGCCGGACCAACCGCAUUGGUGCCUCGAGGCGCCCAUCUAGUGGUACUUACGACAUGGUCAACAAGAUCGAACACCCACCCAGCCGCCGUGGCAGCACGGUUAGUGUAAAGGAUAAAAUCAAAGAUAUGUUGAAUCGGCCGGCUUAUUAA